AUGUUACGCAGCUACUACCACUACCACAGCUACUACCACAGCUACUACCGCUACCGCAGCUACUACCGCUACCGCAGCUGCUACCGCUACCACAGCUACUACCGCUACCACAGCUACUACCGCUACCACAGCUACUACCGCUACCGCAGCUACUACCGCUACCGCAGCUACCACCGCUACCGCAGCUACCACCGCUACCGCAGCUACUACCGCUACCGCAGCUACCACAGCCACAGCCACUACCACAGCCACUACCACAGCCACUACCACUACCACAGCCACAGCUACUACCGCAGACACAGGCACUACCGCAGACACUGGCACUACCGCAGGCACUGGCACUACCGCAGGCACUGGCACUACCGCAGGCACUGGCACUACCGCAGGCACUGGCACUACCGCAGGCACUGGCACUACCGCAGGCACUGGCACUACCGCAGGCACUGGCACUACCGCAGGCACUGGCACUACCGCAGGCACUGGCACUACCGCAGGCACUGGCACUACCGCAGGCACUGGCACUACCGCAGGCACUGGCACUACCGCAGGCACUGGCACUACCGCAGGCACUGGCACUACCGCAGACACUGGCACUACCGCAGACACUGGCACUACCACAGACACUGGCACUACCACAGACACUGGCACUACCACAGACACUGGCACUACCGCAGACACUGGCACUACCGCAGACACUGGCACUACCGCAGACACUACCACAGACACCAGAG